CCGGCAAGCGAGCACCAGCACGUUGUGAAGCCGCUAGUGUGUCUGGCAGCAGCCGCUGAGGUGAUUGUCAGAAAUCACUCGUUUCUAAAUCAACGAUCUGUAUAUUAUUUUUUAUAAUUGACCCACUGACAUUUCCAGUUGACCAAAGAAAUGGUGAUGGAGAAGCCAAGUGCCCAGCUGGUCGGGCGAGAGUUUGUCCGACAGUACUACACACUCCUGAACCAGGCUCCUGACUACCUGCACAGGUUCUAUGGAAAGAAUUCCUCCUACGUGCACGGCGGCCUGGACGGCAACGGCAAAGCAGCCGAGGCCGUUUACGGUCAAUCUGAGAUCCAUAAGAGGGUGAUGGCUCUGAGUUUCCGUGACUGUCACACAAAGAUCCGACACGUGGACGCUCACGCCACCCUGAACGAGGGCGUGGUGGUGCAGGUGAUGGGCGAGCUGUCCAACAACAUGCAGCCCAUGAGGAAGUUCAUGCAGACGUUUGUUCUGGCGCCCGAGGGUACCGUCGCAAACAAAUUCUACGUGCACAACGACGUUUUCCGUUACCAAGACGAGGUGUUCGGCGACUCGGACUCUGAGCCUCCAGAAGAGUCUGAUGACGAGGUGGAGGACAUCGAGGAGAGGGUUCCCUCCCCGGACGUCGCUGCAGAGGAAUCUGCUCCCUUCUACGACCCGACAGCCUGUCCGGAGCCGGCUGUUCCUGGCGACGACGAGGAAGCGGCGGCGAGUCCUGAACCUGAGCCGGAGGUAGAGAAGGAGGACGAGGCUGUGGCUGUGGAGCUGAAGUCGGAGACGUCUCUGGAGACGCAGACGGAUGUGCACGCAGCCGACGACCAGACAGAGAAAAGCCCCGCCUCCGCCCCCCCAACCACAGAAGCGGCCUCUGCGCCCGCUGAACCUGCCCCUGCCGCCCCAGAGGAAAACAGGCCGUUCUCUUGGGCGUCGGUCACCAGUAAGAACCUCCCUCCCAGUGGGGCCGUCCCAGUCUCAGGAAUCCCCCCACAUGUUGUCAAAGCCACUCCCACAGCACCGCCCCGGGCAGAGGUGAAGUCAGAGUCUCAGACGGCGACACAGAGACCACAGAGAGACCAGCGGCCGAGGGAACAGAGGCCCGGAGGAGGUCCUCCACCGGUGCACAGAGGACCCAGACCAGUGCGAGAGGGCGAGCAGGGCGAGUCCGAGGGUCGCCGCGUCGUCAGGUAUCCCGACGCCCACCAGCUCUUCGUGGGCAACGUCCCGCACGACGUGGACAAGAGCGAACUCAAGGAGUUCUUUGAACAGUUUGGUACAGUCCUGGAGCUGAGGAUCAACAGUGGAGGAAAACUCCCAAACUUUGGUUUCGUGGUGUUUGAUGACUCUGAACCUGUUCAGAAGAUCCUCAGUAACAGGCCCAUCAAGUUCAGAGGCGACGUCCGUCUCAACGUGGAGGAGAAGAAGACUCGCUCGGCCAGGGAGGGCGACCGGCGGGACACGAGGCCCCGGGGUCCCGGAGGUCCCGGCGGCCCCCGGGAGCGAAUUGGAGGCGGCGGUGGUGGCGGUCGCGGAGGCCCGCCCACUCGGGGCGGUGUGGCACAGAAACCCAGCUUUGGCUCUGGACGCGGCGCCGGCCCCAACGACGGCCGCUACUCUGCCCAGCGUCAGUGAAAUUCCCCGCGACUUAGAUUAUACUGUUUGGAUUCUAUUUACUUGAGUGGUCAUCGAUUCUUAUUUUUUACUGCAGCAGGAACAAAAUUGGUCCAAAAAAAAAACCCCACCCUUAAAUUUAAAUGGAAAAAAAAAGCCCUUUACUUAGGAGCAGAAAUGGUAGGAAGUGAGACUUCGCUUCCUGCCGCUUCUUCCUCCUCGAUGCGGGGUUUCUGUGCGCGUACGUGACGCAGGUUUGGUCGAGAGCUUGCGUCGUUUCCUGCUGAACAGUCCUAACGUCUGUCUCUCACCGAAAUGGCUGCCUCCACCUCCUCCACCACCUCGUUCUUCUUUCUCACCUGCUGCUUCUGAGGAAUCCACCCCUCCCUCCCUCCCUCCCAUCACCAUCAUGUAUUACCUGGACUUUAUUUUGUCAUUUUUAUUAUUUUCAUGCUGAACUUGAAAACAAAUCAAACACACCACACUCACUCACACCACGACAUGAAAAAGGGUAAAUACUACUUGAAUUGGGGAUUUAAAAACCCAGACGUUUGUUUUUUUGUUUUUUUUUUUCCGCGUUCUCUCUCCCUGUUUCUUAAAGGAACGUGUACUUUACUGCUUGGGCAAUCCUGUGUAUUGCUGACACCGUUGUUGUAUCUAGCGAUGGAUCCGUCUUUAUCUUUUUAUUCUAUCAGGUCAAGAGCUGAACUGUAGUGGUUUUUAUUUUGAGUCAUGGAUGUUUUUGGCUUCCGUCGUCUGUCGUCGUCGUCGUGCGUGGAUUCAUAAAUGGAUGCGUCCGGAACGGUGCAUGUCUCAAGAAAACAAACAAAAACACAACAAAAAAACAAACUCCUGUUAGGCUUCUUCUACCGAUGCACUUCAUUUUGUCAUCAUGUCUAAAAAAUGAGAGCUCACCUGCCGAUGAGAGAACUAAAUUAAAAGUGAUUUACUGUUUUAAA